GACACGUUGCUCGCAGUUGAAACACGCAGUUGGGCGCCACGCACUUCCAAGGCCCGCAAAAAAAAACCCAAAAUGACUUUUCUAAUGCGGGUUUUCGCUCUGCUUGUCAAUGCGCUAUGCUUGCCUCUCCAUCUGAUGGACGCGGUCGGUUUGUAUCAAAUAUACAAACGCAUCUUCCCGUUUUGUUUAUAUCGGAUUUCAGUAACUUACAACAAGAAGAUGUACGACAAGAAGAAGGAGCUGUUCCGCAGCCUGUCAGAGUUCAAGAAGCCCGGCGCGCAGCUCACGCUGCUGGAGAUCGGAUGCGGCACGGGCGCAAAUUUUGAGUUUUACCCGCCGGGCUGCAAGGUGAUCUGCACAGACCCGAACCCGCAUUUCCACAAGUAUCUGAAAAGGUGCAUGGAUGACAACAGCCACCUGAGCUAUGAGAGGUUUCUGGUGGCGUCGGGGGAGGACAUGGGGUCAGUGGAGGACGAUUCGGUAGACGCUGUUGUCUGCACCCUGGUGCUGUGCUCCGUAAACAGCAUAGCCCAAACUCUGCGUGAGGCUCACCGCAUACUGAGGCCAGGUGGAGCCUUCUUCUUCAUGGAGCACGUUGUGGCAGAUCCCUCGAGCUGGGCAUACUUCUUCCAGCACGUUCUCCAGCCUAUUUGGUACUACUUUGGUGACGGAUGCGAGGUCACCCGUGAUACGUGGAAACAUCUGGAAUCAGCCGGAUUCUCUGAACUCAAAAUAAGACACAUCGAAGCGCCGCUCAUCUUUGUGAUCAAACCACACAUCGUCGGUUAUGCCGUCAAAUAGAUCUGGUCUGACUGAUCUUUGUUGUACGCUUGCCUCAUAACCAGUGUGUCAAUAAUGCCAAGCACUAAACGCCUUUCCUCUGUGAAAUGACUGAUCACCAGUGAUACCAAUAAUAACAAUCAGUUUGAUACUAAUUUUACUUUUGUAUUGAGAAAAAUACACCUUUUUGUGUUUGGUGAAGACAAAUUAUUUUAAUACUUAUUUCUAAUCUUAGAUAGACAGCACAAAAUACUAAUUUUGCAUGCAGUUUAAGUGAAAAUAUAUCUUCUUGUUUCAUCUUUAAUGAUUCCCCAUCUCCCGGUUGUUUGCUGAUAUAUACAAAUCAAUAUGAUACUGCCAUAGGAAAGUUUUGUCUGUCAGUGUUUGUGUGUUACUGCUGUAUUAUCCUGUACCGUUAAUGCUGUGACCGUUUCACUAAAAACUUCUUUUGCUGUGAUUAUGAUGAUUGUGUUAGUGAUUAAAAGAGUUUAGUCAA